AUGGAAUCCAAGGGAAUAAUCGCAGGGACUUUUGAAAAUGAACUGCAACGAGCAAAGGAUUAUAGACGAAGCCUCUUUCCAAAAAAGUUACCGACUUAUCGAAUUCUUGACUGGUCUUUUUACCCCACUUUGUGUGAAAUAUAUAUGUGGAUGGAUAGCAUUAUCAAAAAUUCCGCCCGUGUAGUGACGGGUUUCGACAUAGGUCGUUCGUAUGAAGGCCGUUUAAUUCGCGGUCUUAGACUUUCUUUCAAGCCCGGUAGAAAAACGAUUUUCAUUGAGUCAAAUAUUCAUGCUAGAGAAUGGAUAACAUCAGCUGCCUGUACAUACUUAAUCAUGGAACUAUUGUAUUCCAGGGAUCCUGAUGUGCGCGAGUUGGCAGAAAGUGUUGAUUGGUGGAUAAUACCUGUAUUAAAUGUUGAUGGCUUUGUUUAUUCACAUGAGAAGGAACGAUUGUGGCGCAAAUCAAGAAGACCUGCUGAUCCCCAUUGUAUGGGCAUCGAUUUAAAUCGUAAUUUUAAUUAUAAAUGGUCACUUAGACGAUGUGCAGAUCCUUGCUCAAACGUGUAUAGUGGGCCUUAUCCUGAGUCGGAGCCAGAAGUUCAACAGCUUGUAGAAUUUAUUAAUAAUAACAUACCAGAGGGUUCUAUUAAGAUUUAUGUAGCAUUACAUUCGGCCGCGCAAGCAGUACUUGUACCGUGGACCCAUACGAAAGUACCACCUCAAAGUUAUGCAACAUUGAUGUAUGUGGCUAAAGCUUUUGUUGAGGCUUUGUAUCCGCGGUAUCACACCAAAUAUCGCUGUGGAAGCAGUGCCAAUAUUCUCAAAAUGUUUACUGGGGGCAGCAAAGAUUGGGCUUACGCGGUGAAGCAUGUGCCAAUAGCUUUCACGAUCGAAUUACCUGGCAGAGGUACCCCAAAGCGUUUUGAAUUGCCUGAGACCACGAUUACACAUGUAGGCGCAGAGCUUUUGGAUGGAUUUAGAGGAAUGAUAAAAGCUGUCAAAUUGCUUGGUUACAUUUAA